AUCGUUGAUUGGAUGCUCAUGGGCAUCUUGAUAGUUCAAGUCUAUUUUUAUCUAUGCAAUUUCCCGAAAGACAGAAUCGCAAUUCUAUAUGUUAUCUCGUGUCUGAACGUAACGCAGGCCGUAUUCGGGACACAUCUGGGUUGGUGGUUCAUGAUCGAGCACUGGGGCAGGCCGGACGUCCUCAAGUUGGUGCCUUGGACGGCGGCAACCAUUCCAAUCGUGUGUAGUCUCAUUGCAGCAAUCGUGCAAACAUUUUAUGCUUGG